AUGGCGGCAGACCCCUCCCCCGAAGAGGCGCUGCCGGCGGAGAGCAGUCAGGCACCGAAGCGCCGUCGACUCGUCUGGAUCGCCGAUGACGACAAGGAGGAGGAAGAAGCCGCGCCUUCUCUGGUCCGGAGACCGCACAGUCGACCGAACGUAGCGCCGACCACUACUGGUCGGGUGGCCAGCGACCCUCCUGCAUCGCGCGUCGCAGAGACGGAGCGCAGGCGCCAACCGGUAGGACCAGGAGGAGGUUCACCACAACACACCGACGAUUCGACCUCGCGGCGUCGGACGUCAACCCCGACCAGGCCGCUGAAUAGAGGACGGCCGAGCCUGUUGCCGCCGCUGGAGACGCCGCGCCACAGGCCACGGAGCAGCCUGCGGCGGCGACCGCUGCAACAAGCGCCGAGGAACAACCGGCCCCGGCGGGUGCCACGGCGAGCACCUCGACAAGGGAUGAAGAGGCAGCGAGGACCCCUCCCCCGAGUAAUGUUGUGGGGGAGGAAGACAGAGUCCCGACUCCUCCAGCCGAAGAAGGGAGAGUUCCAACACCGCCCCAAGGAGGGGCCUCUUCGCCCGUAG